GCGGGAGGAGGCGGCGCGGAGCGGCGGCGGCGGCCGGGCGGGGAUGGCGUCUCCGGGAGCGCUGGAGCCGGCGGCCGGCAGCGUGCCGGGCACCAAAGUGGAGCUCACCGUGUCCUGCCGGAACCUGCUGGACAUGGACACCUUCUCCAAAUCUGACCCAAUGGUGGUCCUCUUCGUGCAGGGCUCGGGGAGCAGCGAGUGGAAGGAGUUUGGGCGCACUGAGGUGAUCGACAACACCCUGAACCCCGACUUUGUCCGCAAGUUCGUCCUCGACUACUACUUUGAGGAGAAGCAAAACCUCCGCUUUGAUGUCUACAACGUGGACUCCAAGAGCUGCUCCAUUUUAAAGCAGGACUUCCUGGGGCAGGCGUUUGUGGCACUGGGGGAGGUGAUCGGGACCCAGCGGGGCCGCCUGGAGAGAGCCCUCACGGGGGUCCCAGGGAAGCGGUGUGGGACCAUCCUGCUGCUGGCCGAGGAGCUGAGCAAUUGCCGGGACAUUGUCACCAUGCAGCUGUGCGCCAACAAGCUGGACAAGAAGGACUUCUUCGGAAAAUCCGACCCCUUCCUCGUCUUCUACCGCAGCAACGAGGACGGCACCUUCACCAUCUGCCAUAAGACAGAGGUGGUGAAGAACACGCUCAAUCCAGUGUGGCAGCCCUUCACCAUCCCCGUGCGCGCCCUCUGCAACGGCGACUACGACCGGACGGUGAAGAUAGAUGUGUACGACUGGGACCGGGAUGGGAGCCACGACUUCAUUGGGGAGUUUGCCACCAGCUACCGCGAGCUCUCCCGGGCGCAGAGCCAGUUCACGGUGUACGAGGUGCUGAACCCCAGGAAGAAAUGCAAGAAGAAGAAAUAUGUAAACUCUGGCACUGUGACACUGCUGUCCUUCUCAGUCGAGUCCGAGUUCACCUUUGUUGACUACAUCCGGGGCGGGACGCAGCUGAAUUUCACCGUCGCCAUCGACUUCACGGCCUCUAACGGGAUGCCGUCGCAGCCCACCUCGCUGCACUACGCGAGCCCCUACCAGCUGAGCGCCUAUGCCCUGGCACUGAAGGCAGUGGGGGAGAUCAUCCAGGACUACGACAGCGACAAGCUCUUCCCCGCCUACGGCUUCGGUGCCAAAGUGCCGCCCGACGGCAAGAUCUCCCACCAGUUCCCCCUGAACAACAAUGUGGACAACCCCAGCUGCGCUGGCAUCGAGGGAGUGCUGGAGUCCUACCUCCAGAGCCUGCGCACUGUCCAGCUCUACGGUCCCACCAACUUUGCCCCUGUCAUCAACCAGGUGGCUGGGGCAGCCGCCCAGGUGACAGAUGGUUCGCAGUAUCACGUCCUCCUCAUCAUCACUGACGGCGUCAUCUCUGACAUGCUGCAGACCAAGGAAGCAAUUGUCACAGCUUCUGCCUUGCCCAUGUCCAUCAUCAUCGUGGGAGUGGGUCCAGCUGAGUUUGAGGCCAUGGAGGAGCUGGAUGGUGACGAGGUACGAGUGUCUUCCCGGGGACGCUACGCUGAGAGGGACAUCGUACAGGAUACAAACUUCUUUCCCCCCAAGUUUGUGCCGUUUCGGGAUUACGUGGAUGACUCGGGAAACCAGGUGCUGAGCAUGGCCCGCCUGGCCAAGGACGUGCUGGCUGAGAUCCCUGAGCAGCUGCUCUCCUACAUGAAGACCCGCGACAUCAAGCCUCGGCGGGCUGACCCCCAGUAGCCACGUGCCCUGAGGCCAGCCAGUGGGGCAACGACAUGCGGCACUUUCUGCCUCUGGCCAGGGCUUAGCCGUGGAGAUGUGGCCCCUGCGAGGGCGAUCGUCGGCCGCUGAGACCCUCCUCUCCUGGCAGCGAGGCCGUGGGGCUGCAGGUCCCCGGCCGGCAGCGAUGCCCCGGACUGUCCGUCAGCCCCGUCGGGGUCGGUGCCCGGCUUACGGGCUGUCGGGGGGACACGCUGAGGCGGGCGGCCGGGCUCCUUUCCCAGGGGAGGUGGCUGGCCCCGGGGCUGGCUGCAUGCGGGGGGUCCCGACCCCGCCGGCUCCUGCCUGCGCCCCGCUCCCGCGGCUCAGUCCGCCCCGCCGCCCGCCCCACGGCCGCGGCUGCCGGGGCGGCUCUGCGGGAGGGCUCUGUACCGCGUU